CAUGACCACAGCACAAAGACUGGAGACCAUUAACAGAUGCAUGGGUCACACUAAGAGGGGCCUGGAUGAUGGAAGAUAUACUACAGGACUUAUCAAAUUGAGAUGUUUUAUGGCAGAAAAAUUGUUAGAUGAAUGGGAUAAACUCUUUGUGGGUGAUCUGGAGGACAGAGUGGCCGAGACAAGAAGGAAAAUAAAAAAAUGCCUGCCUAUGGUUGAAGGAGGCUACUCACCAAGGACAGACGAUCCACAAGGGAAGAACAUUAAUGGCAAUCAAAGGGCCAAGCCAAUAGCCAUGGCUCGACACGGAGCAGCAGCUGUUCCAGCACAAGAGGGACAUCUUCCUUAA